CUCUGAGCCGGAGGUUUUGUUGUGAGGGUCGGUUGUCAAGCAGCGGCCAAUCAGGGCAGGGGAUGGAGGCAAGUGGGGGUCGCCCCUGGAGCAGAGCCUUGGCCUCGGGAGCCGCCGCUGCAGCCCAGUGUUGAGCUGAGAUGGCCCGAGCCUGACAUUCCAUGAUCCAGGAUCCAGACGGGCGCGGACAGGCUGCUGCCGUGGAUGAUUUAAAGCGAAGAGUUGGUCCCGGAGAAAGGCAUUCCCUCUGCCUGGAUGUGUGGGGACUCCCUGCCGACUUGAUUGGCGGAUCUGGGGGGGAUCCACCCCCACCCCUGGAGGAAAGCCGUCUGUUUUGUGGGUGGAGCUUUGAGUGCCAGACAGCUGGAGGAUGGCCACCCCGGUGGUCACCAAGACGGCCUGGAAAUUGCAGGAAAUCGUCGCCCACGCCAGCAAUGUGUCCUCACUGGUGCUGGGCAAAGGCUCCGGGCGGCUGCUGGCGACAGGAGGGGACGACUGCCGUGUCAACCUGUGGUCCAUCAACAAGCCCAACUGCAUCAUGAGCCUGACGGGUCACACGUCCCCAGUGGAGAGUGUCCGCCUCAACACCCCCGAGGAGCUCAUUGUGGCCGGCUCCCAGUCGGGCUCCAUCCGCGUCUGGGACCUGGAAGCUGCCAAAAUUCUUCGCACGCUCGUGGGACACAAAGCCAACAUCUGCAGCCUGGAUUUCCACCCCUACGGCGAGUUUGUGGCCUCGGGUUCCCAGGACACCAACAUCAAGCUCUGGGACAUCAGGAGGAAAGGCUGUGUCUUCCGGUACAGGGGGCACAGCCAGGCCGUGCGGUGUCUCCGGUUCAGCCCCGACGGGAAGUGGUUGGCAUCGGCUGCAGAUGACCACACAGUGAAGCUCUGGGAUCUGACUGCCGGCAAGAUGAUGUCUGAGUUCCCUGGCCACACGGGGCCCGUCAACGUGGUGGAGUUUCACCCCAACGAGUACCUCCUGGCUUCCGGCAGCUCUGACAGGACCAUCCGCUUCUGGGACCUGGAGAAAUUCCAGGUGGUGAGCUGCAUCGAAGGGGAGCCGGGGCCUGUCAGGAGCAUCCUCUUCAACCCCGACGGCUGCUGCCUGUACAGCGGCUGCCAGGACUCGUUGCGCGUCUACGGCUGGGAGCCCGAGCGCUGCUUUGACGUGGUCCUUGUCAACUGGGGCAAGGUGGCCGACCUGGCCAUCUGCAACAACCAGCUGAUAGGCGUGGCCUUCGCCCAGAGCAACGUCUCCUCUUAUGUGGUGGACCUGACCCGGGUCACCAGGACAGGCACGGUGGCCCAGGACCCCGUGCAGGACAGCCGGCUCCUGACGCAGCAGCCGCCCCUCCCCACCGCCCCCCUGCGGCGCAUCUACGAGCGGCCCAGCACAACCUGCAGCAAGCCUCAGAGGGUGAAGCAGAACUCUGAGAGCGAGCGCCGCAGCCCCAGCAGCGAGGACGACCGGGACGAGCGGGAGUCUCGUGCGGAGAUUCAGAACGCGGAGGACUACAACGAGAUCUUCCAGCCCAAGAACAGCAUCAGUCGGACACCACCUCGAAGAAGCGAGCCCUUCCCAGCACCCCCAGAGGAUGACGUGGCCACAGCCAAGGAGGCAGCAAAGCCCAGCCCAGCCAUGGACACGCAGUUCCCGGUGCCAAACCUCGAGGUCCCACCCUGGUCCCAGGUCGUCACUUCCACCCCCGCACCCAAGGCUGAGCCUGCCAUCAUCCCUGCCACCCGGAACGAGCCCAUCGGGCUGAAGGCCUCCGACUUCCUGCCUGCUGUGAAGAUCCCCCAGCAGACAGAGCUGGUCGACGAGGAUGCCAUGUCGCAAAUCCGCAAAGGCCACGACACCAUGUGCGUGGUGCUCACCAGUCGCCACAAGAACUUGGACACCGUGAGGGCCGUGUGGACCACGGGCGACAUCAAGACGUCGGUGGACUCGGCCGUAGCCAUCAAUGACCUGUCGGUGGUGGUGGACCUCCUUAACAUCGUCAACCAGAAAGCCUCCCUGUGGAAGCUGGACCUGUGCACCACGGUCUUGCCGCAGAUCGAGAAGCUCCUGCAGAGCAAGUAUGAGAGCUAUGUCCAGACGGGCUGCACCUCCCUGAAGCUGAUCCUACAGCGCUUUCUGCCCCUCAUCACUGACAUCCUGGCAGCCCCGCCCUCUGUGGGUGUCGACAUCAGCCGGGAAGAGAGGCUGCACAAGUGCCGGCUCUGCUAUAAGCAGCUCAAGAGCAUCAGCGGCCUCGUCAGGAGCAAGUCGGGCCUGAGCGGCCGCCACGGCAGUGCCUUCCGGGAGCUGCACCUGCUCAUGGCCAGUUUGGACUGAGGAACCCAAUGGGUCGGGGCACCAGGCAACCCUCGGGGCCUGGCCUCCACCCCCACUCCUGUUACCUGUGCACCCACCGGCCCAUGAGCUUCUGCCCUGUGGCCAUCCUGGAGGCGGCGGCGCUGGCCCACUGGCCACCUCCACAGCCCUGAACUCAGACAACUUCUGUCCAGCUAUGGCUGCCCAGCUUUGCCCAAUUCUUGCUUCUUGGGGCAGCCAGCCAAGCCCUGGGGCUGCUGCUGUAAUUUAUAAGACAAAUUUUAUUAAAUUUGUAACUAUU